UGCCCCUACUUUGGGUAGAGGUAGAGGUAGGUAGUUGGGCCACUGGCAUUUGGCACGCCAUCAGCAUGAGCUCUCCUCCUCCUCCUUCCUAGUUCCUCCUCCCUAUAGAUAGAAAGCUGCUGCCCCCCGCCCAAAGGAGAUGAGGCUCAUGAUUGGUCGUCGGAGAUGGCCGGGUUCGUCCUCGUCCUCGUCCUCUUCCUCUUCCUGCUCCGGAUGGAGGGCUUCCACAUACACCAAUCGCUCCUAGCGCCUCCCCUGUGUCUCGGGGUCGAGCAGUGCAUGCGACAAAUCACAAGGCUAGGUAGCUAGCUAGCAUUCAUAGCUUGGGGGGAGGGAGGUUGCAGGUGGCGUGUUGUUGUCAUCGCUCGCGUCGCAGCUGUCUCGUUUGUGGCGCCUCUUCGACGGCGGAUGGUCAUCAUGGCCGGGAUGCUCCCCGGCGUGGAGUGCGCGCGGCGGCGGCGGCGGCUCCGGCAGGGCGGGUCGUCGUCGUCCGGCGUGGCGGACGCGCCGUGCGGGACGCGGCGGCCGUCCUUCUGCCUGUACGCCGGCGGCCAUGACCACGCCCACCUUGGCUCGGCGGCGGCGGCGGCUUCCAAGGAGAGGAGCAGCAGCGUGUGCAAGGAGAUGAUGGCGCGCGCGUGGACGCUGGACACCAACGCCCGGGAGGCGAGGGAGAGGCUGGACCAGAAGCUCAGAGGGAAGAGAGAAUCUAUGGUCAAGAGGCAUCAGAGCACGGGCACCGUGCUAACCCCGACGGCGAAGCCACACCCACAGGCAACGAGCACGAGCGGCAGCAGCAGCAACAAUCUCCACCACUCGGCUACUACGGCGGCGCCUGCGACACCCGAGGCUGGCACGGCGCCAGCGGCGCUGUGGGUGCUGCAGCGGGAGGUGUUCUCGAAGCCGACGAACGUCGGAGGCGCGGCCCGGCGGCGCCGGUUCAGCUGGAGCCUGCUGGGGCGGCGCAGGCCGCCGGCGCCGGCGGAGGCGGAGGCGUCGGAGUGCGCGGUGUGCCUGGAAGAGCUCCGGGCGGGGGACGUACUGGUGCACCUGCCCUGCGCACACCGCUUCCACUGGUCCUGCGGCGUGCCCUGGGUCCAGGCCGCCUCGCGCUGCCCCGUCUGCCGCGCCCUGGUCCACCUCGCCUCCUGUCCUCCCCCCAACUGACCGAACUGCCGACCUGCCGCGCGCGAGCGCACCUAGCCGCGGGAUGGCUUGGCCGCAGCCGGCGGAGGCAAGAAAGCGGAGGGUGCACGCGCCCGCGCGCCGCCGUGCGUAGCGCGCCCAGGCCAUGGACACGGCCGGAUGGCAGUGGCAGGCAGGCUGCGGGUGGCCGUGCGCGCGCGGGAUGCCUCGUGUCGAGGACACGGCAGAAUGGAGGGGGGAGAGAGAGAGAGAGGCGUCAGAGAUCAGGGUCAGAUGAUGGUGCACGGCGAGACGGAGCGCUGAAUUGCGAUCGCACGGGGCGUCACGUCAGUUUCAUUUUACCUGUGCUACUUGCCUACUAUUGGAGCGAUGUGCUGAUUAGUUUGCUCGGUUAGUUCUUUCUUCUUUAGUUUUGCAUUGCUGCUCACGACGCUGGCUAUCCCAAAUCUGUGCAGCAUUCAUCUCAAAAAAAAAACUGUGUAGUAUAUUUUUUUUUUGUAAAUCCUUACGAGAGGCACUAACCAGCCAGACGCUAGUACCCCGUGUUCAGAACGUCUGGGUUGCCUAUCCAGUCGCGGAUCAAUCCAUCGCCUUCACCCAAA